UAGCACCUUUCUCAGAAAACCUGAUUUAUUUGCUCUCGGAGUGAAACCUGAAUCUAGCAGUUUCCAUUUAUAAAAUGUGUUUUACAGUACCAACCACUGACUUUUGCAGUACUGUUGUACGAAUGAAUGAAUUUAUCAUACACUUAUGAUAACACUCCCAAGAGAAAAGCUCAGCGUAAAUAUAAAGUAGUAUUAUCGUGGAGCCAACCUUGGGGAAACACUGACUAGCCAGAGUAUGUCUGGCUUAUAGCACUUCUACACCAGGCCAGGACCUUUUUCCUAAAUGAACUGUUCAUUGCAGCUGAGUACUGGCCACUUUGGCCUCUGAACUAUGACGUCAUGGCCAGGUUUCGCAGAAGAACAUGCAUCAUUUUGUUCCUCUUCAUCCUGGUUAUUUGCUCCCUGAUGAUGGGUUUGAAAACCCUGAGACCUGAUAGAGCAGUUUUUGGGGACCCAUUUGGACUCGGCCUUCUCCCAGAGGUCCAUCAACGAACGACCCACCUCGAGAAGAAGCCAGAGGCGGUGAUAAGGGCCCGGGAGGAUGGUGUGACAAAUGCGAAGACAAUAGAGAUCACUGCAGUCAGUAGCGUGAAAGCAUCUCUGCCCACUGAAGCAAAGAUGGCAGACCUUCCCCCUCCCAAUUAUAAUUUCCACGUAUUUUACUACAGCUGGUUUGGAAAUCCCCAGUUUGAUGGGAAAUACAUUCACUGGAACCACCAAAUCUUACCCCACUGGGAUGCCAAAAUUGCCAGCAAUUAUCCAAAGGGAAGGCACACUCCUCCAGAUGACAUCGCAUCCAGCUUUUACCCUGAACUGGGACCCUACAGCUCUAGGGACCCUUCAGUCAUAGAGACCCACAUGAGGCAAAUGCGCUCCGCAUCAAUUGGUGUCAUUGCGCUGUCCUGGUAUCCACCUGGUUUGGCUGAUGAUAAUGGGGAACCUUCUGAUGACUUGGUGCCUCUCAUUUUGGAUAAAGCUCAUAAAUUUCACCUAAAGGUUGCCUUCCACAUUGAACCAUACAAGAACCAGGAUGAUCACAGCAUGCACAACAACGUCAAGUACAUUAUAGACAAAUAUGGAAGCCACCCAGCCUUUUACAGGCAGAAGACCAACUCGGGCAGAACACUCCCUCUGUUCUACAUUUAUGACUCCUACAUCACGGCCCCCGAGAUGUGGGCCAACGUCCUCACUGCGGCGGGGCCCCUGACGGUCCGCAACUCUCCCUACGAUGGACUGUUCAUCGCCCUCCUGGUGGAAGAAAGGCAUAAGCACGAAAUCCAGCAGGGCGGCUUCGACGGGAUCUACACCUACUUCGCCACCAACGGCUUCUCCUAUGGUUCAUCGCAUCACAACUGGGCCAGCCUGAAAGCCUUCUGCGACAGCAACAGCUUAAUGUUCAUCCCCAGCGUAGGGCCGGGCUACCUGGACACAAGUAUUCGCCCGUGGAACAACCACAAUACCCGGAACCGGGUCAACGGCAAGUACUACGAGGCGGCCCUGAGCGCGGCCCUCCUGGUGCGGCCUCAAGUCAUCUCCAUCACCUCAUUUAACGAGUGGCACGAGGGGACGCAGAUUGAGAAGGCCAUCCCCAAGAGGAUAGGGCGGCUGGUCUACCAAGACUAUCAGCCCCACAAACCAAACGUCUAUCUGGAACUCACUCGCAAAUGGUCAGAGAAAUACACCAAAGAAAAGGAACAGUGGUUGGUGUGAGAGGGAACCGCUGGAGACCCUUGGACCUAUUUGGCCCGUGUUGGCUAGCCAAGAAUGAAACCAAGUCACAUGUCAAGGUAAUCGAGUCACCAGAUGGGGAUACCUUCGGAUUUAGGAAGCAAUAUUACUCUACAAUGGAAUGGAUUUUGACUCUCGCGUAAAAGGGGGAAACAGCAAUAAUGUCAUUGCCAACCCCUUGGAGAUUGAAUUUGGGAAGUACCUGAGAGAGGU